AUGUCUAAUGAAUCAGAUGCGGCAACCUCCCUAUGCGACGCCAUAGUCCAUGGUAGUGUCCCGCAGUCGGAGCACCUCCUUACGUCCGAUCUGUCCACUUCGACCAUCUCUGCGCUCAUUUCCCAAAUAUCCCAGACACGACGUGAGAUCAGUGACGAGAUCAGAGAAAAGAGCAAGGAUGAGGCUGGGUCAGUGGAUCAAUGGAUAUCCCAAGCAAAGAAGGUCCAGGAGGACAUCGCUCGCUGUAAACUGGAGUCCAAACGCAUUGUGGAAGAGCACCAGCAACUUCAAAUUUUGAGAGACCAGGCAACAGAUUAUCAACGGAAAGUUGAACUCCUAGACACGGAGAUCAUAUUUACAGACACCCUGGAGCAAGAGCUGCGGAAUAUAUCAUUGAAAACAAAGUCAUUAAGAGAAGUCGAGGAACAUUUGGCGAAGGGUGACCCUUGCGGAGCUGCCUCAAAGUUGCAAGCCCUGGAUAAAAGCCCUCGGAGCACAUUCAGGUCCAGGACAUCGACUAUUAUUCGAGAUCUAAGAGACGAGUUACGGUUGAAAACUCGCCUACAGCUGGAAACAAAGCUGAAUGCUCAGAUCAUCGUGCGGAGAGAGCCACAGAGAGCCAGCCUCGACAUUCUCUCCAAUGGACCUGAUUCCACUGGAACCAAUUCCGAUGUCAUUCUGCGAGCUCUUCACGACUUGGGCGACGCACAAGACUCCAUCGAACCUCUAACAGACAGGCUCCGAGUACUCCUCGUCCAGCCCCUUCGACGCACUGCCCGAUCGAAACUUUCAACUUAUCAGGUGGAGCAACAUUCCUUGAACAUGGAGUUCAGCGCGACUCUCCCGUCCAUCAAUACGGUGCUUGAGUUUGUCCUUGAUCUUAUAAACUUUUUGCAAACUUCUCUCCCGAAGAUGAUACAGAGUGCUGCGGUCAACGCAAUCCUUACGGACCUGAUGAGUCUCCUGAUAUCGGACUGGCUGCUCCCCGAACUACCAACAGACCUCGCCAUGCUGGACGGCCUCGAUAAGUUGCAACAGAGGGUUACCCUCAUUGUGAAUAGACUAGAAUCAUUGCAAUGGCCAGGGCAAACUCAGCUCCAGGACUGGAUGGAUGACAUUCAGCGCACUUGGCUGAACAAACGCAAGGCAGCAACGCUUGACGCUGUGCGAAAAGCAUUUGCUACUGCAAAGGGUGACCUCAGACAGGUCGAGAGAGUGGAAAGACAGAUUAUGUCAACAGCUACGGAAGAAGCUAAAGCGGCCGAUGAUGAACCCAAUGACUGGGACACCAGCUGGGACGAAGAUACCAAAGAUAAAUCGUCGACAGAAGAAGCCUCGAAAUCUGGCAAUGGUGGAGAGGACGACGACACUAGCGGCUGGGGUUUUGAUGAGGAAGAGAACAACGAAGAGAAAGAAGACAAACAAAAUGGCCAUGGUGCGUCUCACGAUGAGGAUGACGCCGGAGAGGCCUGGGGUUGGGAUGAUGAGAGUCCUACAGAGACCAGAUCGCAGUUGGCAGUCAAGGACGGUCCAACCGAGAUGAAUGGUGCACGGAAACCUCAGGAGACUGAGCACGAAGUCACGUUGACCGAAGUGUAUAGCAUCAGCGAAAUCCCAGACCACAUCAUCGAAAUAAUAGGCAGGGAUCUUUCGGAUUCUCAAACCAUCGAAGAAACACAACACAAGAACCUCGACCCCUCGACGGCAUCAAAGGGACUCCUGGCCCUGCCCACACUGGCUCUGGCCAUGUUCCGCGCGACAGCACCCAGUUAUUACGGCGCAUCUCCAUCUCUGACCGACAUCCACCGCUACAACGACUCUCUCUACAUCGCCGAGCGACUUCGCCGCAUGACCAUUCCUGUGGGCAUGCCGCACAUCGACGCUGACAUCAGAGCCAUGGAGAAAUUCGCCAAAAUGGCAUACUCGAAGGAGAUGGAAACCCAGCGGAUCAUUGUGUGGGACUUAUUGGAAGGCGCGCAAGGGUUCACGCUGUGCACCCAGUUCCCGUACUCACAGGAGAUCGAGAAUGCCGUUUCCUCGGUGGUCGAUCGCAUCCGCACGCUCCACCGGGACUGGAAACCCAUCCUCUCGACGUCGGCGUUGAUGCAGAGCAUCGGCUCGCUGGUCACGAUGGUCAUCACCAAAGUGAUAUCCUCGAUCGAGGAGAUGGACGACAUCUCCGAGCCCGAGUCCCGGAGACUGACAGCCUUUUGCCAGCAGAUUGCCAGUCUCGAAGACCUCUUCCUCUCGACCCCUCCAGCGGCUGCAAACCCCGACCAACCUCACGGCGACCCCCCGAUCCCCAUGGUCGCCGUGUACGUCUCCAACUGGCUGCGAUUCCAGUACCUGAUCAACAUCCUGGAGAGCUCACUCGUCGACAUCAAGUACCUGUGGACCGAGGGCGAGCUGAGUCUGGAGUUCAGUGCCGACGAAGUGGUCGAUCUGAUCAAGGCGCUGUUCGCGGAGAGUGCCCAUCGCAGGACCGCCAUUGCCGCCAUCCGAGGCUCGCGGAUGUCCAGGUAA